UCUACGUCUCCUUUGUCCUUGCCGUCAAGUCGUUUGUGUUUACUCCUCUUUGUCGCUGUCUUCUUUGGGUUCGUUCGAUCUUCGUGUCUUGGUUUCCGACCUCUUGUGGCAACUUCCCUCUCCGGUUCCGUUCGUUGUCGUCGUAUGUGCCUGAUCGCCAUGAUAUAAGCUCUGCUGCAACCCUUUGCGGACAAACCUCUCAGCCUUCCAACGGCAUACCCAACCUCCGAGUAUCUAUACUAUGGCGACCCUGGCUGCAUCACCGCCGUCGUCGCCCUCCUGGCCGAAGCGGCGGCCCCGGGCAUGGGCGCUGCGAUGCGAGCGCUACUGCUGUGCGGCGGCGUCCAUGUUCCCGCUGGCAUUUGUCUACGGCCUGACAAGCUGGGCGGCGUAUGUGGAAAUCAGCAUCGGGCUGCGGCAUACGCAAAGCCCGUGGAUUGGCCUCCCGACUUCCUUCCUCGGACUGGUCCUCUAUAUCUGUCUCAACGCCUCAUAUACCGCUGCUGUGUUCACGGACCCCGGAUCUCCGAUGUCGAGUAGCUCCCGUGGGCAGCAUCAGUAUAGCGCUCUCCCCGUUACCGAACUCCCCGAGUACACCUCGUUCACCGUCAGCUCGACCGGCACGUCUCGAUACUGCAAGAAGUGUCAGUUGCCCAAGCCGGAUCGGGCGCACCACUGUUCCACCUGUAAACGGUGUGUGCUGAAGAUGGACCACCACUGCCCCUGGCUGGCAACGUGUGUCGGUCUGUACAAUUACAAGGCAUUCCUACUAUUUCUCAUCUAUACGUCGCUCUUUUGCUGGUUGGAUUUCGCGGUUGCCGCGGUGUGGAUAUGGACCGAGGUUUUCGAUGAGACCCGCUACAUGGAAACGAUGUUGCCGGUGAACGUGGUCUUACUGGCGGUGCUUGGGGGGAUCGUCGGGCUGGUGCUGUCUGGGUUCACGCUGUGGCACGUCAGCCUUGCCGUCCGCAAUCUGACGACCAUCGAAUGCUUGGAAAAGACGCGCUACGUCUCCCCGUUGCGGCACGCGCUGGAUCGUCAGCGGUACGACAACAUCCUGGGCAGUCAGUCCGGCGAGGGCACCAACGGCAAUGCGGAUACCCUUGGGCAUCGACUCCAGGGCUACGGCAACCAGAUCCUCGAUGCGCACGCGAACGCGAUCCCGGGGGUCACGCGGCCGGAGGAGGGCGAGGAGCGGGUGCCUCCGGUCGGGGGGCAGCCACCGGCGGGCCCGGAUGACCGCACCCCCGCCCAACAGGCCCUCACUCGAUCAUACGCGGAGCUCGAACGGCAGCGGGAACAGGACCGAUAUCAGGCCUAUCUGAGCGAGGAAGAGAACGAGAAGUUGCCCAACGCGUUCGACCACGGGUGGCGGAACAACCUGCUUCAUCUCUUCGGUGACCGGCCUCUGCUAUGGCCGGUCCCCGUCUGUACGACGACCGGGGAUGGCUGGCGCUGGGAGCCAGGCCCGAAGUUUGUCGAGGCGCGAGAGAACCUUCGCCACCGCCGGGAACAGGAGGCGGCGGACCAGCAGCAAUACUACCGCGAUCUGUACCAGCGGAAUCUAAGCAACGGCCAGCCCUGGACGGGCGGAGAGCCCGCAUCACCCCGAUGGACGCCCAGUCAGCCCCUGGAGAGCUUCCGCGACCCGGAGCGGCCGCCAACGGGCGUCUCGAUGAAGACGCUGGCGCCGAUGUCACCGCGUCCUCGGCCGGGCGAUAGUGAUUUCGAAGGCAGUCUCGACGAGAACGGCGAUCUGCUUCAUAAUCGAGAUGGUGCCGUUGGUCGGUCUGCGUCUACGAGUCGAACUCGAACUGAGAAUGAGUGGCGGGACUGGGAUUAGAGUUUUUCUCUUUCCUUUAUUCUGCCUUUUUAUUUUUUUAUUUUUUCUAUGUUUAUUCUUUCUAGCGAUUCCGUGAUCGGGUACAUACAUGUAAUUCAUAUGGUGGAUUCUCAACGUACAUGAAAUCAUUCCCAGGCACAUGAAUCAUACACUUGCGCUUAAUCUGUACAAUAAUGGAUUGUAUGUUU